AUGGAAGCGCGCACAAAGGAGAUUGGGCUGUGGUACAACGUCCUUCUCAGCUGGCCCGUCUUUGUCUUGUGCUUUUGGGUCAACGCAAUCUGGGGCCCUCGAAUCUCGCGCCGAGCCCAAACAAUGCUUCAUCCUACCUACCGUCAUCAACCCUCGCCCGCCUCUACCCCGAUCAGAUCUAGACCGGCCCCUUCGCCGACUAAUGGCAUCUUGGCCAACGUGUUUUCCUCCGUCGCAAGGAUCCUGUUGAUCAGCGACUUUACGCUCGUCUCUCGCUUGAUCGGGCUCUUGCCCGGCGUCGGAAAGCUGGGCGCAUUCGCCUACAUGUGUGUCGUCGACUCGUACUAUUGCUUCGAAUGGAACUUUUCCAUGAAACAAUGGCCGCUCGAGUACAGGAUCACUUACAUCCAAGACCGGCUCGCGUACAUGUUUGGGUUUGGCCUGCCUGCGACACUGAUGACUUCGUUUGGACCGCCUCUUGUGACCAUGGCCAUCUUUGCGCUCAUCUAUCCUCUUUUUGUGAUCCAAGCCCUUCAGUCGCGUCCCCCAACUGGUCAGUCUUCGCUGCUGCCCUCCACCCCUACCGGCUCUAUGCCUCCUUCUCCAAGAGCCUACUCGCCGGGCCCAUCCCCCACCGUAGGCUUUACCUUCCCUCCCCCCUCUUCCCCUGCAUUUUCCCUCGCAAAACUUGUAAACGUCAGACCGAGAUUGCCGUUAUUCUGGUUUGCGCGCCACGCAUUGGAAGGGCUCAAGUGGCUUGAAGAGGCGGCCGGGAGGGAUAGGAGCGGGAGCGGGAAGGGGGCGGUGGGGCUGGGGAAGAGAGAGAGACCGGGGAAGAGAUUGAUGUAG